CCUCCUCUUACUUCUUUUUCUCCUUCUACUUCUCCUCUUCUUUCUUCUCCUCUUUUUCUUCUUCCUCCUCCUCCCUCUCCUCCCCCAUCCCCCUGCCCCAUUGAUGUGUUAUUAUUGGGGGGGCUGGAGCAGUAAAAAAAGAAGGAGGAAAAAAAGAGCGGGGCUCGGCAGGGAGAGCUUGAGCGCGAGGUUGACCGGCGGCGGCAGCGGCCGCGAUGGAAGAACUUACGGCGUUCGUCUCCAAGUCUUUUGACCAGAAAGUGAAGGAGAAGAAGGAGGCCAUCACGUACCGGGAGGUGCUAGAGAGCGGACCGCUGCGCGGGGCCAAAGAGCCCGGCUGCGUCGAGCCGGGCCGCGACGACCGCAGCAGCCCGGCAGUCCGGGCGGCCGGCGGAGGCGGCGGCGCGGGAGGAGGCGGAGGCGGAGGCGGAGGAGGCGGAGGAGGUGCUGGAGGAGGAGGAGCAGGCGGAGGAGCUGGAGGAGGGCGCUCUCCCGUCCGGGAGCUGGACAUGGGAGCCGCGGAGCGGAGCAGGGAGCCCGGCAGCCCGCGGCUGACGGAGGUGUCCCCUGAACUGAAGGAUCGCAAAGACGAUGCGAAAGGGAUGGAGGACGAAGGCCAGACCAAAAUCAAGCAGAGGCGAAGUCGGACCAAUUUUACCCUGGAACAACUCAACGAGCUGGAGAGGCUUUUCGAUGAGACCCACUAUCCAGACGCUUUCAUGCGCGAGGAAUUGAGCCAGCGACUGGGGCUCUCUGAGGCCCGAGUACAGGUUUGGUUUCAAAAUCGAAGAGCUAAGUGUAGAAAACAGGAAAAUCAACUUCACAAAGGUGUCCUUAUAGGAGCCGCUAGCCAGUUUGAAGCUUGCAGAGUUGCACCCUAUGUCAACGUAGGUGCUUUAAGGAUGCCAUUUCAGCAGGUUCAGGCGCAGCUGCAGCUGGACAGCGCCGUGGCGCACGCGCACCACCACCUGCAUCCGCACCUGGCCGCGCACGCGCCUUACAUGAUGUUCCCGGCACCGCCCUUCGGACUGCCGCUGGCCACGCUGGCCGCGGACUCGGCCUCGGCCGCCUCGGUGGUGGCCGCCGCUGCCGCCGCCAAGACCACCAGCAAGAACUCCAGCAUCGCGGAUCUCAGACUGAAAGCUAAAAAGCACGCGGCCGCCCUGGGUCUGUGACGCCGGCGCCAGCGCCACGGUCGGUGGAGCCUCCUAAGCGGCGCGAUCCUGCACGCCCUCCGCGACCGGCUUCUCCCGCACCCGCUUCCGACCGUCGCCCAGGCCUGUCCCUUCCCCGCUGACUGCCGCCUUUUCUUUCUGCACCCUGGAUCCCCAGGGCGGGACUCUGCGCUGGACCCGGGAUCCCACGAGGGCCACCAGCCCAGGGGCUCCUGCCCACCCGUCCUUGGGACUAAAAUUCGGCUUUGUAGGAGCGGGUUUGGGGAAGUCUGGAUAGAGACUGGACAAAGGAGUGUGGCCACAGUGAGAAGUGGAUAGCGCCACAGCUGCGGCGAUGGACUCGUUCAUAGGAAUAAAAUCUUGCUAACAGCAAAUGAGCAAAAACAAAAAGAAUAGAGAACAAACUAGAAAGAAAACGAGAAAGGGAGCUUGUUUCUUAUUGCUAUUUGGCUGGAAUUAGAGAGAGAACGACGAAGCAAAAACAAAUCUUAAAAUUAUUUUGUACAUAAAAAUACGGAAAAAUAACCUGGAUGAAUCUUGAGAGAAAGGGGGAGGGAGGGAUUUACCAACUAAAAUGUAUGUUUUUUUUUAAUGGUCCAAGAAAACAAAACAGAAGGAAGAGGUAUACUUAUUUAAAGAAUUAAGAUGGAAAAAAAGCGCAGCUGGGAAGUUCACAGGUUUUGAAGCUGACCUUUUUCUGCGAAGUUCACUUUAAUAGGAGACAUUUGAUAAGAGAGGCGGGCCUCCUUUUACGUUGAAUCUGAUGCUUUGAGUUUUAAAACACCAUGUAUGGAAGAGCAAGAAGAGGGAAGACAGUGUGAAAACGAGGAGGGAAAAAAGGACGUUCAUACAAAAAAAAGAAAAGAAAAGAAAAAAAAAUACCACAGACAGUUAUUCCUCUGAGAAAUUUACAUUACGGCAGAACUGUCCAGACUGCUGACAGUCAAUUCUGGUUUGCAUGUUACUAGUAUUCCAUUGAUGGUGUCCCCUCCCCUCCCACUCUCACGUGCACUCACUACACUUUCAUUCUCAGUAUGAAAAGCGUCUGGAAAUUGAUGUGAAUCCAUAUAUAAUUUGUCCGGCCUUUGAUCCCAAGGGGCAAAGGGAAAAAAAGUGUCAUAAGGGAGUAAAAUACACUCUGAGUCUUCCAAGAACACGGAGGCUGUUAGGAAAUAUGGGCAAAGAAAAGAGAAGAGCAAAGAAGUCACGAAGGUACACUGCAGGGCAUCGUGAUAGGCGCUUUAUCUGUUCUCUCCCUUUUUCGUGAAUUCCCUCUUGCUAGUUUAAGUCCUAUUUGAGGACAAUGCUUUAUUCCCAACCCACCCCUCCUCUCUAUCCUGUCAAAUUCACCUUAAACGACACCCAGCUAGGUACAGACACUAGGCUUGUGUAUAAUAUGUUGAUAAACACGAACAAAGUUUAUUUUGGCUAUAAUGUGUGAACUAAUGGUUGACUUUCAACAUUUGCAUUUUAUCUCACAAAGGUGUAUCUAUUCAAGUAAUCUUUGUUUUUGUUUCAAUUCAUGUAGCUAUUUAAACAGGGAUGGGAUACCCUGGGCUAAGCAACCUGUAGCCCCAAUUCUCUAGCAAGCCUCAUUAGAACCCCCUUUAAUUUACAUGAAAGAGGAAAAGCUCUUCUUACUGAACUUUGGUAUGCGUUUGAGCUUUGUAACUAUUUGUUCUCCAUGAAAACAAAAUUAUUUAUAUUUGCCAUAUUUUUUCUAGUGUAUUAAGUUAUUUUAAACAAAAGAAGAUGCUGUUAUGACGUGUUGUCAGUACAAAAUGUUUCAGCUCCACUUCUGUUAAACCUUUUAAAUAAGUGCCAAGUUAUUAACCUAAGACACUUUGCGAUCAACUGAAUGAAAAUAGUAUUGUUUCAUUUCAUGGGGUGCGCGUCAUCUUUGUUCUUGUUACUAUUAAAAUAUCCGGGAUACU